AUGGGCUUGAAUUCAUCCAAGACCCAUAGGAAAGUCACCAAAGUGACACCAAUGCCAUGCAAAGAAAGAGAACCAAAACAGCCAAAUAGCGCGACAGUUUAUUCCUUCCAGACUUUGCCAAGCUCAUUUGUUUCCUCAUCAGGGAGAAAUCCAGUUCUGGAAAGACAACUUCCACCUUUGCGAGAGACAUGCUACGGAAGAUAUCCCACAGGCGGAGGAGGAGGAGAAGGAAGCAUCAUCAAGCAACAUCCACCUCGAAGGCUUCAGAAAUUGGAGCCAUUUAUUCUUGCAGACAACAUCCCUGCAGCCAAAUACCUGAAUCUGCAAGGUGGGACAGUAACGCAGAAGGAAAAGGAACUAGAGAGAGGAGAGCACGUUGCUAGGCAUCCCGCUGGAAGAAGGCAGUAUUUACUCCAGAUGAAGAUGCUUGAAAUAAGAAAAGAGGCAGAACUGAAAAGGCGUCUGCAACAGGAGGCUAGGCUUAAUAAGCCCAAAAUGAGGGAUCUUCAUGUGCUGGGCACUCUUGAGCAUAUGCAGGGAACUCAAAGCUCUGAUGAUGAAGACCAACACUCUACUGAGCAUGAACAAACAUUUAAUGGAAGCCAUGGAGAUUUGUGGCACCGAGAAUUUCUUAAAGAAUCGGGGUCACCUAAAUCCCAUCUGGACCAGAGGGACAAAGUGGAGACGUGGUUGUUGAAGCAACAAGCAACAACGGAGUCGUCUUCUGAUGCUUCCAGCACUGACACCAAUAAUUGGAGCGAUUGCAAUGACAACUUUAGGAAACCUUAUCAGAGGCCUGCUUUAGUGAGAACUAAGACAGAAAGGAUUACCCUUUUUGAUGAUUUUUUUGAUAAAGAAAUUAUAUAA